AUGGAGGGCAACGCUCCCACGCCGGAGGGCAUCUUCUCCCUUCUGGAUACUGAUCUUUACAAGCUGACGAUGCAAUGCGCAAUCCUCAAAUACUUCCCUGAUGUUUCUGUGACCUACGGCUUUACGAAUCGCACCCCAGACAUGAAGUUGCGACGCGGAGCUUACAAUUGGCUUUUGCAGCAGUUGGAGAAGCUCGGUUCCCUUCGAGUCACCGCCGAGGAGCGCGACUUCCUCAAGCGCAAAUGCCCAUAUCUCAAUGAUGCCUACAUCUCCUUCCUUGAAACAUUCCAGCUCAAGCCUGCCGAGCAGGUGGAUAUCAAGUUCACCCCUACGCAAGACACGGGCAGCGAUGAGGAUGAGGGAGUCGUCGAAUACGUCAUUAAGGGUCUCUGGCUCGAUACCAUCCUCUAUGAGAUUCCGCUGCUGUCACUGACCAGCCAGGCAUAUUUCAUGUUCUGUGAUAAGGACUGGGACUACCAGAGUCAAGAGGAGAAAGCAUAUCGCAAGGGAUCUACCCUCUUGGAGCACGGGUGUCUUUUCUCUGAAUUUGGAACCCGGCGACGACGCGAUUAUCACACUCAAGAUAUUGUGAUGAAGGGUCUUACCCGUGCUGCGGAGGACGCGAAGAAGAAGGGGUGGAAGGGCGCACUGGCCGGCACAAGCAAUGUGCACUUUGCUAUGAAGUACGACGUGAAUGCCGUUGGUACUGUUGCGCACGAGUGGUACAUGACAAUUGCGGCUAUCACUAAUGAUUAUGAGAAUGCCAAUGAGUUGGCAUUGGAGUACUGGCUCGGAUGUUUCGGAGAAGGGGUUCUUGGAAUCGCCCUUACCGACACGUUCGGCACACCAGCUUUCCUUGAUGCAUUCCGCAAGCCUAUUAAGACUCCCAUCGAGAGCGCGAGUAGUCAGCCCCUCAAGUCCUAUGCGCAGACCUACACCGGUGUGCGCCAAGAUUCGGGUGACCCAUCAAACUUUAUCAAGAUGGUGCGCGAGUUCUACGAUCGCGAGGGUAUCACCGAGAAGAAAACGAUUGUGUUCUCUGAUUCAUUGAACAUUGAGUCAUGUCUUGAAUACAAGACCCUUGCUGAGGAAGCGGGAUUCGCUCCUUCUUUCGGCGUGGGAACUUUCUUCACAAAUGAUUACGUCAACAAGACCACUGGCGAGAAAUCGAAGCCUCUUAACAUUGUCAUCAAGAUCGCCACGGCAAAUGGCCGUUCGGCUGUGAAGCUCAGUGAUAACCUGGGCAAAAAUACGGGUGACAGUGCUACAGUGGCCGAAGUGAAGAGGAGACUCGGCUACGUUGAGCAAGAAGGUGCACAAAUUGACGAGAGCAAUCGCUGGUCGCAAAAGAAAUAG